AUGAAUGCAUGCGAUAAACGCAUGCAAAGCGCAGCAGAAGAACUCACAAAGACACUGCAGCUGCAGCAGGCUGUAGCUGCUUCUCACCACCAACACACAGCAGAGCUCUCACGCCUCCGGCUGCAGCAGCAGCAGCAGCAGCAGCAGCAGCAGCAGCAGCAGCAGCAGAAAGUGCAGCAGAAGGCGAUGGAACUGAGAGGCGAUAUAGCUGAGGAGUCGAUGCAGAAGCCGCAGCAGCUCAAGCCCGAAGAGCAGCAGAAAGGCUCCGCUGCAGCAGCAGCAGCAACAGCAGCAGCAGCAGCAACAGCAGCAACAGCAGCAGCAGCAGAAAUAGAAAAAAACGAUACAGCUGCAAGCCGUGUGCUGCGCCUGGCCUGA